AUGAAGCUUUACGUUGCAGCCACACUACUUCUAAGGGCUAGCAUUAUUUUAGCCCAGGAUCUACCUGACUUACCUUCCUGCUCUCUGCAAUGCUUUCUCAGCGCCAUGUCCAAUGAUGGCUGCCCCUCUCUAACCGAUUUCGCCUGCCACUGCCGCCAACCUGCGCUCGUUUCCGAAGUGGCCCCUUGUGUCGAACAAUCUUGCAGCGAGCAAGACCAGUCCUCCGUCUCCAACAUCGUGAUGACUGCAUGUUCCAGUGCCGGCGUCCCAAUCUCCGUCCCACCUGUCGACGGUGGCACAACUACAAUCACAGAAAGCGGCCUUGCCCCGUCACCAACAGGUGGUGAGCAUGAGACUAUGAUUCCUCCAGGAGGCUCUGUGAGCCCAUCCGGUCCGAUGAUGACGCUUCCUACUUCGACCGAUACGACUCCGCCGACGUUGUCUCCAAGUUCCCCUAGUGUUUCGAGCCAGCUGAGUACGCCGAAUGUCAUUAGUACUUCGCCACCGUUCCUUGGAGGAGCUGAGUCUUUCCGCACCGGAGGGAGGUUAGCUGGGGCGGCGGCUGCCAUUGCAGCUGGUUAUUUGAUGUAAAAGGUCAUGAUACUGGCUUUUUUUUUUUCGAUCGAGCGAGUGAUUGCCGGGCGACAAGAUAAGAGAAUCAAAUUGGUGGUAUUUGAGUUAAAAUUCUGAUAAUGGCGGAAAUGUAUGCUUGCUGAUGGAGGAGUUUGGCUCAAUAUCAAAUAUUCUGCACUU